AGACAUGGGACAACCUAAAAUCUGGACCGUCCCGAUCUGUGCCCACCCCUGUUCAAAAUACACCAGCCAAAAAGCCCAAGCUUAUCCGACUAUCCCUAAAUCCCUAAUUCUCACUUAACUCCAUCUUGCUUUUUCCAGAGCCUGAGACUGAGAGGGAUUCGCCGAGAGCCUACGCCGUUCGCAGACUCCCAGCCAUCGCCAAGAUCGGCGUCUCUCCUUCGGCGUCUCUCCUUCGGCGUCUCGCCUUCUACAUCUCCCCUUCGCCGUCUCGCAGUCCCAACCAUCUCCAUCUGCGGCGUCUCACCUUCGCCGUCUCGCAGAGCCGACUCCCGAACCGAAAGAAAUCAGAUAUUGUUUUUACGUUUGUGACUAGCUUAUCAAUAAAGCAUAUGAAUUUCAAGUAUGAGAGCUCCUUCAAGACUUUUUAAGGUUAUACUUCAUUGCAAGGUGACUAGGGCAACUGCUGUUGAUUAUAACUUGAUUUGUGGCCAAAGUUUUGCAAGUCAAUCUUCCAUUGCGAGUAAGAAAACAAAUCCGUACAGAGUAAGCCAUUUUCUUGUAAACAAAUUCAAUGGAAAUAGUCAGUUAAUUGGAACAAAAGCCUCUUCAUGUGAGGAAUAUAUCACAGAUGAGGUACUGAAUCAAGUUCUAGCCACCACCGAGGAUCCAGAGGCCUGUAAAAAAAUAUCUUCCGAUCAUCUCCAUAAGAUGUGCAAAGUAGGAAAUAUUCGUGGUGCUGCUACAUUGCUGCAACUACUGCGUGAUAAGAAAAUCUUCCUUUGGCCUUCUUCGUAUAAUCUCGUUCUGGCAGCAGCUUCUGAGAAAGCUGACUUUGACCUUUCAGCCCAAGUUUUCAAAGAUUUAUUGGCAUCAUGUAGAAUUCUAUGUGCUACUAGCUAUACGAAUCUAGCCCGAUCAUUUGCAAAGGAAACUGAUUGUAUUCAGCUGAUGAGGUUUGUCAAAGAAGCCUCGGAGAUAGCCUACCCAAGUGGCACAACCGUUGUAAAUAGAAUCAUAUUGGCUUUUGGUGAAUGUGGACAGAUUAAAAAUGCACUGUUGAUAUUUGAUCAAAUGAAGACACUACAAUGUGCACCAGAUGUCAUCACAUAUAACACUGUUCUAGAUAUCUUGGGGAAAUGUGGCCGAGUCGAUGAAAUGCAUCACAAAUUUGCCGCAAUGAAGGAAGCUGGAAUCUGUCCUGACUUUGUAUCUUACAAUACUUUGAUAAAUAGCUCCAGGAAGGUGGGGAACUUGGAGAUGUGCUUAGUUUAUCUCAAGGAAAUGUGCGAGGGGGGUAUCAAACCGGAUUUGCUUACUUUUACGGCGAUUAUUGAGGCUUUUGGUCGAUCGGGCAACAUUGACGAAGCACUGAAACUUUUCGCUGAGAUGAAACAGAGAAAGAUCAAACCUUCAAUGCAGACUUAUCGGUCGAUCAUUAAUAACUUGAAGAAGAUGGGAAAGGAAGUGUUGGCAAUGAAGUAUGCAGAAGAGAUGAAUUCAUCAUCUCUUUCAAAUCUUGCUGGUCCAGGAGAUUUCAAACCGAAAGAAAGGCUGUCAAGAAACCAGAAAUCAAGGCCUCUAGGGGGGAAUUGCUAGUUGUAGCCUUGUACGUCUAUUUAAUUUGUGCAAAAUUUGGUCGGGAUCACUUGAGAUGAUGGGGAUGCCAUCUACUAAUUACACAAUCCCACCCCCCCUCCCACUUUUUUAAUUUUGUCUAAAUUGGUUUCAUAAUUUGUAUGAUGUGNACUAUUUUUAAAACACAGUCGUUUGAAAAUAAACAAAUAAAAAUGUU